AUGCCUGCCAAAAUUACCCAAAAGGGCCGUGACAACAAGGAUGGCUUGACAUAUCGCGUGACGGAGAAUUUGUGGUUGGAAAGAUCUUCGAUCCGAGCAUUAAAAACAUCAAAAUGUACAAGAGACGAUAGAUCAUCGUCUCUUGAAUGUAACUUAGUUGGCAACGUAACAACCCUUACACCUGGGUUGUUUGCUUGUAAGAAGGUCUCUUUUCAAUUUCCUUUCCAAAGCGGGCAGCAGGUUAAAGUUCUUGCCUCAGUUGGCCACUCUGUCAAGAGUCCAAUUCCUCGUUAUGGCGCUGCAAUCUGGGUAGAGGAUGUUACAACCAGUGGAUUUACCGUGUGUGUUUUGGAGUAUGGAGCAGGAUCAAAUGGUACAACAGAAGUGAACUGGAUCGCUUUGCAAUCUCCUCCACAUGGAUCCCAGUUGGGAACUGCUUCCUUGAACCCCUGGACCAGUGGAACAAAGUGCAAAAGGAUCAUAUUUAAACAGCCUUUCAAGACUCCACCAACCUUGUUUGUGACUGCAAGUCAUCAAUUUCCCAGGAGACCCCAGGAUGCCAUGGCCUUGUGGGGAGAAGACGUACACAAAGACAGCUUCAAAAUAUGCCUCAGAGAAACCAAGAUUCUUGACGGGACCCACAAAAACAUUAAAGUGAACUGGAUGGCAUAUAUCGAUUUGAGGCUUGAGAACUUUACUUUGACCAGUAGUGUUGUUUUUAAUAACACUAACUCACGAUCUCUUCCAGAUAACCAAGCAUUCUGCCAAGUAAGAUAAUAUGUAUUUAUGCAACUGGUAAACCGGAGUUUCUUG